CCUCUUCCUCUGGCUCUCAACUCUUUUCUGUCUCUUGCACUCAUUACUUUGUAUUAGUUUUGGUUGGGCCUGUAUUGUUUGUUGUACUAUCAAUUUUUGCAUUUUUCUUUAUCAAGGAGGAAAAAAAGUUUUGCUUUGUUGAUUUUUUCCUUCUCAUCUUUAUUUUUAACUUUUUGUCUUCUUUCAGAGGCUACUUAGCACCUUCCCGAUCUUCACCUCCAUUUUUCUCCAACUGUGUGGAGGAAGACGUGCAAAACAAAUAAUACAGCGAUUUUUUUGAACCAUGAGCACUUAUACUGUGACACUUGCUGGACCUGCGCCAUGGGGCUUCCGCUUGCAAGGAGGCAAAGACUUCAACAUGCCCCUCACCAUUUCCCGGAUCACUCCUGGGAGCAAAGCAGCUUCAGGUAACCUGACCCAGGGUGACAUCAUCGUAGCCAUUGACGGUGUCAGCACUGAGGGCAUGACUCACCUGGAGGCUCAGAACAAGAUCAAGAGUGCCAACUUCAACCUGGCCCUCACCAUGCAGAGGUCAAAGCGCCCAAUCCAUGUGUCCAUGACUGCACCAAGAAUCGACACUUCAAUUCCUGUCAUCCCUCACCAGAAGGUUAUUACCAACAUGCCUAUCAACAACGAGUACGUGCCCAGUUUCAACCCCAUUGCCCUGAAGGACACAGCUCUUUCCACCAACAAGCCCAUUGAAGUGAAGGGGCCGGGAGGCAAGGCCACUAUCAUCCAUGCCCAGUACAACACUCCGAUUAGCAUGUACUCGCAGGAUGCCAUCAUGGACGCAAUCGCUGGUCAGUCUCAGGCCAGAGGGGCUGAAUUGUCCGGUAGUCUGCCUGUUAAAGAGCGUGUUAUAGACAGUGCUUCCCCAGUGUAUCAGGCUGUGAAUUCCAGCGGAGAAGUGCUAGAGCCUGCUGAGUGGGCACGGAGAGCCGCCCACAUGCAGUCCAAGUCCUUCCGCCUCCUCGCCCACCUCACCGGCACUGAAUACAUGCAAGACCCAGAUGAGGAAGCUCUUACAAGAGCGAGGGAAAUAUUUGAGUCAGGAGCUAAAGGCCCUCGUUUUGCCAAACUGAAAAACUGGCACAACGGCCUGUCUGCCCAAAUCCUUAACUUAGUUCAUUAUACGCCUGUCCAGCAUGCUGCGGUCUCCACCAGCACAGCCCCUGUUGCUCUGUCCGCUUCUGCAGCUUUGCCCAGUCAGCUCGCCGCUGAGCUGCAGAUAGCCAAUCAGGUGCCUGAGCAGACUGCUGAACCAGCCUCUGUAGGCUCUAGCCAUGUCAGCUUUGUGUCACCCCCUGAGCCACAGGCUAUAUCUCAAGCUGACCCUGUGGCUCACGAGGCCCAUGAGGCCCCUGUUCUCCCCCCUGAGGGGCCACGCCACCUGUCGCUUGCUGCCUCAACCAUUUCAACUGCUUUGACUGCUCAAUCUAGAAACCAUGUGUAUAAGAAAGGGUCGCCACCCACCUCUGCGCUGGAGGCCCUGUCAAUCACUCCAUACUUCCGCAGCAGAGCUUUGCCCAAACGCAAGCAAUCAGGAAAAGCAAAGAAAGUGAGCUUCACCACGCAGUCCUCAUCCAGUUACAGAUCACAGUACCAAACCUCCGCCAUCAGCGGCCAGUAUGCACAGCAGCCACCUAUACAGCAAGCUCCACAUGCUCAACAGCCUCUUCAUAUUCAAACAACUCCACACAGUCAACAGGCCCCGCCCAUGCAGCAGAGCUCCAUCCACAUCCCUGUAGGUCCGUCUCCAACUAAAGUGGUCAGCACCGCCACCAUUGUGCCUACAGCUUAUCCUACUGCUCCAGCGUACGAGUGGCAGGGGGAGAGGGCACAGCGUGGUGUCCAUUUCGGAGAAGCCCCCGUUCAAGCCCCUGCUCCCGCUCUUGCUCCAGCCCCACCUCCUGCCCCAGUUCACAUUCCUCCUCCUGCCCCAGUUUAUGUCCCUCCUCCUGCCCCAGUUCAUUUGCCUGCUCCCACCCCUCCUGCUCCUGCCCCCGGCCCCGUCCAAUCCUCCAGCAGACCCCCAUGGGUCAUGGAUGACACUUUUGCCCAAAAGUUUGAUCCCAGCAAGACCACCACCACCAGCGUCAAAGUGCAGCCUCUUCCCACUGCGGCCCCACCGCCUCCUGCCUACAUCCCCAACCCUUCUCCUGCCCCUGCUGCCCCCAGCCCUGCCUCAGCCCCCUUUAUCCCUGCCCCUUUCCCACCUGUGGCUCGUGGUGUGGCACAGAGAGCAGAACGCUUUGCUGCCAGCAAUAGGACACCAAUGUGUGCUUUCUGCAACAGCAUCAUCAGGGGGCCCUUUCUUGUGGCACUGGGCCGCUCGUGGCACCCGGAGGAGUUUAACUGCCAUUACUGCCACACAUCACUGGCUGAUGUCAGCUUUGUGGAGGAGCAGAAUAAUGUUUACUGUGAGAACUGUUACAGAGAGUUCUUUGCCCCUACCUGUGCCCGCUGCAACACUAAGAUCAUGGGAGAAGUGAUGCAUGCUCUGCGGCAGACCUGGCACACUACCUGCUUUGUGUGUGCUGCGUGUGGGAAACCAUUUGGAAAUAGCCUCUUUCAUAUGGAGGAUGGAGAACCUUACUGUGAGAAAGAUUACAUUGCGCUCUUCAGCACUAAGUGCCAUGGCUGUGAUUUCCCAGUGGAGGCUGGGGACAAGUUUAUUGAGGCUCUUGGCCACACAUGGCAUGACACCUGCUUUGUGUGUACGGUUUGCCAUAUAAAUCUGGAAGGCCAGCCGUUCUAUUCUAAGAAGGACAAACCUUUAUGCAAGAAACACGCUCACGCCAUCAAUGUGUAAAUCCACCAGGAGUACAGUGAUCGUGCUGGUCACUGCCUUUGCCUUAAUAUUGGUUAGAGCUCUUUUAGAGAAGGAUCCGAAACCAAUUUAAAUACGGAUCCGAAAAAUAAAACAGCCGAACCUACAUAUUAUAUAUUUAAUACUAAUACUAAUAUUAAAAAACAGGUGAGUUGAUGCAAUGUUAUGUUUUAAUUUAAUACAGAUAUAGUGAAUUUAGCGUGUGCUCUGGGAAUAGAUAGAUCAUCUUAAUGCAUUUAAUGCGAUUUGCUAUGAAGUGAACAUUCAGAGCUCUAAGUGUACAAUGUGAGAAAAAAAUAUAUCAUUUCAGUUGAACUUGAAUUGAUUUUAUGAUCAUGCAUGUUGCGUUUGCAAUGUGCUCAUUUUAGUCGGGGUGAUUGAGUUUUAUUUUAUUGAUUGAGCUUUUUAUUUAAAUAGAAUUUGAUAUUUCACUUUAAUUGUGUUAGGAUUGUGGAUUGUGUAGAUUUUUCAUUGGUAAAUGAAUGCAAUACACGCCUAUAGAGAGGCAAGUUAGUAUUUUUAUUUUAGUUAGAAACACUUGGUAUGAGGUAUAAUAAUGUGUUUUAACUUAAAUAAAGUUGCUGGGUGUGAAAUAUGUAUUUUAAGCAAAGUGUUCCUGAUUUCUUUAUGCCCAGAUAUUAAUAUUGAUGUUGACAUUACAUCUGUUAAUGCCUGAAAUGUACCCGUGUACCUGUGCCUUAAAUCCCUCAAAGAGAACCUUAAUAAUUUUAUUUAAUGAGUUUUUAUUUUCCACAAGAUGCUUUAUUUGUAUACAUCAAGGUUUAUGAGAACUAAGAGAUAAUAAUGUAACACUGGUACCAUGAGGUCACUUGGCUGAAACAGUUGGCUGGUGUGCAGUUGUUUUAUUGCUGAGUUGGUUUGAUACCUAAUUUAUUUUUGUUUUGUGUAUGUGUGACGGGUAAUGCAUGGAUUGUUUGAAUCUGUAUAUAUAAUGUUUCAGUUCCACUGAUAGCAAAUAAUUUAUCACAUCUGGCCUGUUGAUCUAAAAUCCAAAUGUCUGUCUUUUGUUUUUUAAUUGAAGUAACAGAAAGAGUUUUGCAUGUUCUCUUUGUGGUCAUGUGGGUUUCAUUUGGGUUCUCUGGUUUCCUCUGAAAAACAUGCUGGUAGGUGGAUCGGCUAUGCUAAAUCGUGUGGUGUGUGUGUGUGUGUGUGGUGCCCUGCAAUGGACUGGAGUCUUAUUCAGGGUGAAUUCCUCCCUCACACCCAGUGUUCCUGGGACAGGCUCUGGAUACCCCACGAUUCUGACCAGGACAAAGCGCUUACUGAAGAUAAAUGAAUGAAUAAAUACAAAGAACAGGAAAAAUCGAAUUAAAUGGUAAUGCCGAACUCGACUGGUGUUGAUAGUUUUACACAAUUUUUGGAGAUGAGUGAGGAUUUAUCUUGUUGAUUUUCAUGCCUGUUAUUUAUUCACUGUUAAUUAUUUAGCUGUGUAUUUCACCAUGAACUCCAUAAACAAUACACCAAUUUAGGUAAUAUUGUAAAAACUUACUGUUGUAAAAUUGUGUACCUGGCUUAAUAUAUGGAUUUAUAUACUUUCCACUCUAAAAAAAAUACAUUUUUACUGAACAGUGUCAGAAAACACAACUGAUUAUCUACACAAAUGGUUUAAGGCAAAUGAUCACCUUAACACGGUUCGGUCAUCUUUACUUAACUGGUGUAUUUAAAAGUAACGUAAUGUUAUGUAGCUGUGUAUGUAGAGACAGUUUGAAACCAUGGGGAUGUGUGCAGGAACAUCACAGAAACGUUCAAAUAUUGUGUACAUUUUCUCCAUAUAUUUAUUUGUCGUAAUACUAUUGAAAUACUAAUUGUCUCACUACAGGGUUUACAGUGAGCUACCAUUUCUCUGUCAUGCAACAUUUGUGGAUUGUAACAAAUGGUUUAAAAAUUGGAAUAACUCAAUGUGUUGAGAUGCUUAGUGUACUCUAACAUAGAUACAGUUUUCAAGUUGAUUGGCUACUCUAGACAUUUUUGUUUUGUGCCAUCUGAAGGGCACAUCCAGUGCUGAACUGCUCAACAUAGAGGAUAUCAUAUCAUGUAUGUGUACUUAAUCAAAAACAUUUUUCUUAGUUGCUCAGUUGAAUAUGCAAGCCUUUCAUUCCCUGUCUCAUUGCUACAGCCUGCCAUUCCAGCACACUGACAGUUUUUAAAUAGUAUAUGUCUACAUGGGGCAGCACGGUGUUGCAGCGGGUAGCAUUGCAGCCUCACAGCUUCAGGGUCCUGGGAUCGAUCCUGAGCUCAGGUUACUGUCUGUGCUGAGUUGCUCAUCUGCUCCCCGUGCUUGUUUGGGUUUCCUCUGGGUUCUCUGGUUUCCUCCCACUGUAAAACCAUGCAGGAUUGGCUAUGCUAAAUUGCCUGUAGGUGUGAAUGAGUGUGCGACUGGUGCUCUGCGAUGGACUAGCUUCCCAUCCACAGUGAAUACUCUCACUUUUUGUGCCCAGUGUUCCCGAGAUCCACUGCAACCCUAAUCAGGAUAAAGUAGUUACUGAAGAUGAAUAAAUGAAUAAAUACAUCUCUACAUGUGUUUUCCCACUAAUUUUCUUGGUACUGAUGGUUUUAAUUUGAUAAAACUUAACUAAAGUCAUGGUUAAGUGUAGGAUAACCAUACCCUCCUUCAUGUGUGAAUGUGUCUGUAAUUCCACUAAUGUAGUCAACACAGAAAAUCAAUUAUAUUUUGCAGUCAGGUUCAUACAAGUAACCUGUCCAGCAUCUUUUUGUAAUUUGUUGGAGACAAAAAAUUCUAAAAUUAAUUCAGAUAAAUGAUAUUUAGUUUCAGAAUGGAAUUUCUUUCAUUUCUUUGUAUGACUAUGAAUAUUGUAUCAGUUUUGUAGGCUGUAUGAUGAUUCUCAUAUCACAGUGCACAGAACAAUCACGGUUCUGAUCACUCUGUCCCAAACAGCAUACUUCCACACUACAGAGUAUGAGGUUAGUAGUCAAGGAGUUCUGUUCUGUUCAACUGUCCAUAUACGGAAAACCUGUAUAUGAACAUGAUUAAAGAUGUGUAAUAUCUGGAGGGAAAAGGGCUUAGUAAGUUAUGUGUUAGCCUCUAUGAAUGCAUUUCCAUUAGCUAAUUUUUUUUUUAAAUCCCUGGUUUACCAUAUGCACUAGUCUAAUAUUAUUAGUGUUGUUUUAGCUGCCAGAAAUGUACAAGGUGAUUAUGACUCCUUCCUGUGUGUCAUUAUUAUAAUAAACAUAUUAUUUUGCAAUAUA